AUGAUUAAGAAGGGGAGCCUGAAGCUGAGGAGCCUGAAAAUCGGGCGCAGCUCCGUGGGGAACGUAAAAGUGGAUGGAAAAUCCAUCUGUAAAGAUGACGCCAAGAGGAAGAAUGACGAGAAGCAAAAGAGGCUCAAAAUGUACAGGACGAAGGCAAACUUGAAAAAAAUGAAUGCCAAGAUAAAUGAGGUCAGGAGGAUUGAGCCAAACAUAAAGUGGUUUAACAAUACCAGGACCAUUAGUCAGAGUAAGUUGGAAAUUUUCAGGGACAAAAUGGAGGAAGCUACACAUGACCCGUUCAGCGUGGUCAUUAAGAGGUCCAAAAUUCCGGUUGAGUUGCUCAGAGGAGGGGGGAAUAAUGUCGUUGGGGGUAGUGGAAAUGGAUUGGUCUGCCCCCCCCAGUUUGAAAAGAAAAAGCAUCAGAGUGAGAGCUUCCUCAGGAUGGAAAACUUCCAGGACGUGUACGGGAAGAAGAAAAAAAGGAAAAGGCCCAAAUUAAAUGUCACCAGUUUGGAAGAACUGGCAGAUGAUGCGAAAAAGAAGUUAACUAACUACGAGGCGGAAAAGGACAACUCACUAAUCGAAUCGAGGAACAAAGAAGUGGAGAAAAAAUUCAGUAAAGAUCAGUUACUAAAAAUUGGACAGUCGAAAAGAAUAUGGACUGAGCUGUACAAAGUGAUUGACAGCUCGGAUAUCAUUUUGGAGGUUCUAGAUGCACGUGAUCCCAUAGGAACUAGAUGCAGAAGGUUGGAGGAAAAUUUAAAAAAAGACAGACCAAAUAAACACAUCAUCCUUAUCAUAAAUAAAGUAGACUUAGUACCAACCAGUGUAGCUCAAAAAUGGAUAAAAAUUUUAUCCAAGGAAUAUCCAACCAUUGCUUACCACGCUAGUAUAAAUAAGCCAUUUGGCAAAAGUGACCUCUUCAAUGUGAUUAGGCAGUACACGCAGUUCUUUCAAAACCAGAGAAAGAAACACAUUCACAUAGGUCUGAUUGGCUACCCCAAUGUAGGGAAGAGUGCCAUCAUCAAUUCAUUAAAAAAAAAAGUUGUCUGUAUUUCUGCCUGUCUACCUGGGCAGACCAAAUAUUGGCAGUUCAUAAAAUUGACCAGCAAAAUCUACCUCAUAGAUUGCCCAGGAAUUGUACCCUACGAUAUUGACGAUUCGGAUAAAAUACUUAGAUGCACCAUGAGGCUGGAAAAAAUCACCAACCCACACUUCUAUAUUGAUGACGUCUUCAAACUGGUCGACAGGGAACACCUCCUUCGCAUCUACAAGCUGCCUGAAGACUUGCAAUUCAGUAGCACGGAGGAGUUCCUAGAAAUAUUGGCUAGAAAAAUGGGCAAGCUGCUUAAGGGAGGAGAGCCAGAUAUCACCUCCGUGUCGAAGAUCAUCCUUAACGACUGGAUCAAGGGCAAGAUCCCCUACUACGUGGAUCCAGACGGGGCAGGACACACAACAAAAGAAUUGAUGCCAGAGUCAGGCGAGAAGGAAGAAUUGGCAGCAGAGUCGGACAAGGAAGAAAAAUUGGCUGAAGAGUCGGACAAGGAAGAAGAGUUAGUUGAAGAGGAAGAAUUGGCAACCGAUGGGGUGACCAACAAUGUCACCACCGAGGAGUGCUAG